CGUGCUCGGUAGUACGGACGCGUUAGUCGAUGUCCUGGGACUGACAUCUAUUCGCUUUUGUGUAAACUAAAAUAGCUUUACAUGGGCAGCGGGUCGGAAAAUUUGUAUCUGGGUACGAGCAGGGCGUAUUUUGAUUACCGCGCGUCUCGAGGAAAAGUAAAAGACAAUCACGUGGGCAAGUCGAUAGGCAACGGCGAGGACGAAAGUAUUGGCGCCAUUGAAGACGAGGACAGCCGAAAUGGAGGAGAAUCAAACAUCGGAAAGUGUCGCUGUGUUACCGGACAUGUCCGAACCGUUGACGAGCGAAACCGAGGAGUCGGCUGCCCUAACGGGCGAACACGAAGCCCAUCCUGUUGCUGUCACGGCCAACGUUUCCUCCGUUCCAGGGGUCGGCGUUCCCGUUUCACUUCCCGUUGGCUCGAUCAUCGGGGUAGCUAAUUCCAGCAAUGGCACCACCUUCAACGUCAUUACCUCCGACCAGCUGCAGCUACCGGGCUCUGGUCAAUUUAAACAAAUGUUAUGCGUGGAUAAUGGAUUUAUCUGUGAGCCUCGUCAUGAUAAGGACAGCGAUCCUUUGCGCUGGAACGGGGAGUUGAAAGCAACGCAUAUCGUAAUCCAGAACAGUACAGAUGAAAAUGAUAGUGAUCAAAUUCACGUCACAACAGCCAACUCGCAGCCAAUAUGCAGUUGGUCAGAGUCUGCAAACAUGGCUGUACUGCCAGUUAGGUGUAAAAACACUAACGCAGAACUGCACAAAAGUAGAUUUGGGUCAGGGGGAAGAGGACGCUGCAUAAAACUUGGAGAUACGUGGUACACACCUAGUGAGUUUGAAGCUCUUUGUGGAAGAGCAUCAAGCAAAGAUUGGAAACGUAGUAUAAGGUUUGGGGGCAGGAGUUUACAGACCUUGAUAGAUGAACAGAUAUUGAAACCACACGCCACAUCCUGUACUUGUGCAGCCUGCUGUGAUGACGAUAGCGCUACCGGCCCAGUGCGAUUGUUCACCCCUUACAAGCGUAGGAGAAGAGCGAGAGAAACGUCUGAUGGUGAGACACCAAUUCGCAAACACAAAAGUGACAAUUCUCGAGAUGGAAGUAACAAUGACGACAGUGACACUGAAGUUGUUGUACCCGACAAGGAAAGCUGGUCUCAAUUUGUAUCAGCAGAUGGAUUGGUGGUUCAACAGCCACAAGAACAGGAAACGGUUGUACAGAGUGUGCAUCAAAUCGAAAAUGGACAAAACGAAGAUGUUUUUAAGAAGCUCGACGAAAUGUCGAAUAAGAUGUUGAAACUUGCCUAUGAAUUUAGGCAGACUCUUGCCGAAGCCAAAGAAUUAAGUAGGCAACAGAAGCGAGAGCAAGCUCUCGCUGCGCAACUCAAUGUCCGAGGUGAAGUCAUUGAAACAGUCGGUCUGCAGCCAACUUCGGAUACACACAACAAAAAAUGUGCCAACUGCAAUCGAGAAGCUUUUGCCGAGUGUUCACUGUGUAGGCGUACGCCUUAUUGUUCUACGUUCUGCCAACGAAAGGAUUGGGCUGGUCAUCAGGUAGAAUGUGUAAGAGGAGCUGCAGAGACAGUUAUGCUGAUAGUUGAGAGUAGUAGCGGAGAUGCGAAUGCGCUUUCAACAUCAGCCGGGGACCAAUAGCUAGUGUUCCUCACUCCGAUUCAUCAAAAGAAUCCUGGGAGUGAAGAAUUGGAUAUGGAAAAUUCGCCAACAGAAGAAUCAGAAACAGAUAUUAAAGUUGCCAAGUCCGAGAUGGACAAGAAAGAUAGAGAAUAGAAUAAUUAUGUUUUCGAUGGAAAAUAAUAAUGAGCAAGGUAAGAAAUCCAGGUUCAAACGUAUUGCAUUGAUGUUAAAAAUUGAAUAACAUAGAACACCGAUGUUAAGAAUUUUGAAUACUUGGGAUCUUGAAAAUUGAGAUCGAGAAUAUUUUACCAAUCAAAGACAACUUGGAAUGCAACUUGUUUUUCUGCAAACGAAUUCAUACCAAAUGUUAGCUUUUAGAUGUUUUCUACACACCCAAUCUAAUAAUUAUGUGGUAGGAUUAAAGAUUGUGAAAUAGUGUAAAGAAAUGAAGCAGUGAAUUUAGGUUGGACAUAAAAUGUUGUAAAAUAUAGAUACUAAUUUUUAUUCUCUUGUAUAAACAUAUUGACUGUUAGCAUCAUAUCGUACGGAUUUUUUGCAAUGAAGCACGAGGCUAAAAAAAAUUAAAGGACUUCGCCAAGUAGGGUUGUACACCUAAUUUCACAUAUUUUUAAUAUAAAUGUUCAAAGAAAUGUGUGAAGGUGUGAGUUCCUUGCAAUAUUUCUCUGCCAAACCAUUAAGGUAAAUCUAUAUCAUUACAAUAUUCUAAUAAGAUAAAGUUGAAAAUUAAAAAAAAACCAAUACAUACCUGAAAUUUAUAUCUCUGACUAUUUCUAAUUAUCGAAAUAUUUAUAAUAUAUGAGCUCAUCUCUAUGAUCUUCAAUUCAUUUUCAAUUUCAAGGAUGCAUUAAAUUAUUCUGCAAACACGAAUUGCAUUCAUGGUCUACCAUUUUUAUCGAAUGUCAUUUAAUAUCGUCAUUGAUGUUUCUUAUAAAAAUGAGUAAAUAGCAAUCAUCUAUCUAAUAUAAUAGUCAUUUCACAAAAAUACCACAUACAGUGCUGUUAGUACAUUUCAUUAUUAUAA